UCGAAUAUCAUUUAUCAUUUCAUUUUCAUUGUUGUUUUUGUCAUGAAAUUGAUGAAAUUAAUGUCAUAACUACAUAUAAACUUAGAAAACUGUGAAUAGUGGAAGUAAUAAUCAUACAAAAUGGGGAAGGGAUUUAAUAAUUACAUGUGCAAAAAGUUCUUCCAUCCCGCUUCAAGGGACAAUCUUAAACGAGUAUGGAUGGCAGAACAGAAAACAGAUGCAUACAAAAAAAAGCAAGAUGAAUUACGAGUACAAUACGAGAAGGAGCAAGAAUUACAUGAAAAUAAAGCCAUGCUGAGCAAAGAAAGCAAGGACAAAUUAAGUUUGAACUUCAUGUAUGAACCUCCUCCAGGUGUAAAGAAAGAAAGAGAACGGGAAGAUAAUGAGCCAGAAUAUAAAUUUGAGUGGCAACGCAAAUAUAAUGCACCAAGAGAAAGCUACUGCAAAGGAGACAACGAAAUCCGUGACCAGCCAUUUGGUAUUUUGGUCAGAAAUGUUAGAUGCAUCAAAUGCCACAAAUGGGGACAUAUAAACACUGAUAAGGAAUGCUCUAUGUACUCACUAUCCAUGAGUGAAGCUAGGGCAUUACAAGCCUCAACCUCAGGUCCGGAAGAUGAGGAAGAAAAGCCUGAUGUGACCACACUGAUGCAGCACAUGAGAGACAGCGGGCUGGUCAUGAAGCCCGGGGCCAUGCCGCUCGCAGCCACCAGGGUGGAGGAGGCAGACACCUCGAGCCUCACCGAAAUGGAUCUCAUCAGUUCUCUGACUAAGAAACAAAAGAAAAAGCUACUGAAGAAACUAGAAAAGUUGGAGAAGAAGAAAGACAAGAAACACAAGCACAAGUCCAACAAGCACUAAUUAAUAUGCAAGAAAGUUCAGACAUCACAAAAGCCCCUCUAGCAUAUUGCUCAAUUUUUUUACUUGAUACAUCAUCAACUAAAAAUGUACUUGUGGACAUAGGGGGACAGUAAGGGGCAGAUAAACCUGACCCCCGUCAAAAGCAUAUUUUUACUAUGAGAGGGGGGUCAGGUUUCUCUGCAUCUGACCGUACCCAAGGAGUGUUUUAACAUUAUGUUACUGUUACAAAAUUAGGUUUUUUUUAAAGGGAAUCAGUUUAUUAAUAUUACGUCUUGGUUCUGUAAUGAAUGUAAAAAAUAAAUAAUAUUGUAAUGGUUA